UACAUGGUAUAUUGACAGGCGGAGAAUCAGCCACACGUAUUUCCCUUCCAACCAAAUUUGCCUUUUCCGUCCACACCAUAUUAUCCCCAACCUCCAUAACCACAAGUACCAUUUCUUCGAAGCUCCUUUCGGACGCAAGAUUCUUUCUACCUAUAGAAAUUCCAGAACGCUGCUGCGGCUCUUCUCACACAAAAUUCACAAGAUUCUUGGAGAAAGUAAAUAGCAGGAACUGAAGUAAUUGAUGAGGAAUUGUAAGAAUUGGAAGGACAGAGCGGCGGGGCCCAAUGCUAAAAAUUAGUAGUAGCAAGUAUGCAAGGAACAAUGGCUUCUCUGGCUCCGCUUGCGGGUUUGGGAAGUAGUGUAGUAACGGAAAGGUCCCGGUCGACGGUGUUUAGGAGAGUUUCUUUGUCUAAGGGAAAUAUUAGGGCUAAGAAGAGAUGGCAUUGUGUGCUGGUGUCUGUGUGUAAAUAUUCGGUCACAACAACUGACUUUGUCCCCGAGCAAGGCAAUGCAGUGUCCCUUAAGUCAUCUAGUAAGACCUAUGGGGGAGGAGGAGGGGGAGCUAAAGGUGAUGAUCGUGAUGCUGGGUUUCUCCUCAAGCCUGCUCCUAAGCCAGUCUUGAUGUCCUCCUCAGGGUCCAAGGGCGAGCCCCUUGCGGUCACUUGGGACCCUGCUUCAAUCGAUGGGGAAGGGGGCUCUUCUGAUGGCGAUACGUUAAAGGCUGUUGAGGAGAGGAAUAAGAUGAUUGAGUCACUCGGAGAGGUGUUGGAGAAGGCAGAAAAACUAGAAACUUCGAGACUGAGUGACCCGGGUAGCAGUAGAGAUAGUGGGGUUGUAAAUAAAUCUACACCAUCUAAUGUAAGUACUGAUUUGGCAAGUGUUAAGUCGACUAAAAAUACUAAAACUUUGAAGAGUGUGUGGCGGAAAGGAGACACGGUCACGCCGAAGGUUGUGAGGGAAUCAUCUGCAAAGCCUAGUAAGGCAAUUGAGAAAGACGAGAUUAAAACAGGGCGAGGGGGAAAGAUAGAAGAGCCUCAAGCAACUACUUCUUUUAGACCCCCCCAGCCACCUUUGCGACCUCAACCAAAAUUACAAGCUAAGCCUUCUGUGGCUUCUCCGCCUGUGAUAAAGAAACCUGUUAUCUUGAAGGAUGUUGGGGCAGUUCCAAAGUCAUCCGUGAUUGAUGAAACUGACACAGAUUCGAAAACUACAGAACGCAAGCCAAUUUUGAUUGACAAAUUUGCUUCUAAGAAGCCAGUGGUUGAUCCUCUGAUUGCUGCGGCAGUCGUAGCCCCUGCACGACCAGGAAGAGGUCCUCCCUCCGGAAAGUUCAAAGAUGAUUAUCGUAAAAGAAAUGUUUCAGCUGGUGGGGGACAGCGGAGACGAAAGGUUGAUGAUGUUGACAUUCCAGAUGAUGUUAAUGUCUCUAUCCCAGGUGCAGCCAUGGCAAGGAAGGGGAGGAAAUGGAGUAAAGCAAGUCGGAAGGCGGCUAGACUUCAGGCUGCCAAAGAGGCAGCUCCUGUCAAAGUAGAAAUUCUUGAGGUUGGCGAAGAAGGUAUGUUGUUGGAGGAGUUAGCCUACAACUUGGCUAUUGGUGAAGGUGAAAUUCUUGGGUAUUUGUACUCAAAAGGGAUUAAGCCUGAUGGGGUGCAAACUCUAGACAAAGAUAUGGUGAAAAUGAUUUGUAACGAGUAUGAUGUGGAAGUCCUAAAUGCUGACCCCAUUAAAUUGGAAGAAAUGGCAAGAAAGAAGGAAAUUUUUGAUGAAGAAGAUCUGGACAAACUACAAGACCGGCCUCCUGUUAUUACUAUUAUGGGUCAUGUGGAUCACGGGAAGACGACCCUUUUGGAUUAUAUUCGAAAGAGCAAGGUAGCUGCAUCAGAAGCAGGUGGGAUUACACAAGGAAUUGGCGCAUAUAAGGUGCUAGUUCCUCUAGAUGGAAAGGUGCAGUCAUGUGUGUUCCUUGACACCCCUGGACAUGAGGCUUUUGGAGCAAUGAGGGCUCGUGGAGCAAGGGUGACGGACAUUGCUAUCAUUGUAGUUGCUGCUGAUGAUGGAAUCCGUCCUCAAACAAAUGAGGCCAUAGCUCAUGCAAAAGCAGCUGGAGUACCGAUGGUGAUAGCUAUAAAUAAGAUAGAUAAAGAGGGAGCUAGUCCUGAACGGGUCAUGCAAGAGCUUUCUUCGGUUGGCCUAAUGCCUGAAGAAUGGGGUGGUGAUAUCCCAAUGGUUCAGAUUAGUGCUCUUAAAGGGGAGAAUAUACAUGAACUUUUGGAAACUGUCAUACUUGUUGCAGAGUUGCAAGAGUUGAAGGCUAAUCCUAAUAGAAGUGCAAAGGGCACAGUCAUUGAGGCAGGUCUUCAUAAAGCCAAAGGACCGCUAGCUACAUUUAUUGUGCAGAAUGGGACUCUUAAAAUGGGGGAUAUAGUAGUUUGUGGAGGAGCCUUUGGAAAGGUGCGGGCCUUAUUUGAUGAUGGAGGAAAUCGUGUUGGGGAAGCAGGACCCUCUAUUCCUGUACAGGUGAUUGGAUUAAAUAAUGUUCCUGUUGCGGGUGAUGAAUUUGAGAUUGUUGACUCCCUCGAAAUUGCACGUGAAAAGGCUGAGUUACGAGUUGAGUCUUUACGAAAUGAUCGUAUAUCUGCUAAGGCUGGUGAUGGAAAGGUUACUCUUUCUUCCUUGGCUUCUGCAGUUUCAACAGGAAAGCUGUCUGGAUUGGACUUGCACCAGCUGAAUAUUGUCAUGAAGGUUGAUCUUCAGGGAUCCAUUGAGGCUGUCAGGCAAGCCCUACAGGUGCUCCCACAAGAUAAUGUCACCUUGAAGUUUCUCUUGCAAGCAACAGGUGAUGUAAGCGCCAGCGAUGUUGAUCUUGCGGUUGCAAGCAAGGCCAUUAUUUUGGGAUUUAAUGUCAAAGCUCCAGGUUCUGUGAAAAGCUAUGCAGAUAACAAAGGCGUCGAGAUUCGACUGUAUAGAGUCAUCUAUGAACUUAUUGAUGAUGUGCGGAAUGCAAUGGAAGGACUCCUAGAGGCUGUUGAGGAUCAAAUAACAAUUGGUUCGGUAGAAGUCCGAGCCGUUUUCAGCAGUGGCAGUGGUCGUAUUGCUGGCUGCAUGGUAACAGAUGGAAAAGUAGUGAAAGGUUGCGGCAUUCGGGUCAUUCGUAAGGGCAGAGUAGUUUAUGUUGGCAUUCUUGAUUCAUUGAGACGGGUUAAGGAAAUUGUCAAAGAGGUAAACGCUGGACUAGAAUGUGGAAUUGGGAUGGAAGAUUAUAAUGAUUGGGAGGUGGGAGAUGUUCUCGAGGCCUUCAGUUCAGUUCAGAAGAAGCGGACCCUUGAAGAGGCAUCGGCUUCCAUGGCAGCUGCGAUUGAAGGAGCAGGAAUUGAACGAUAGAAAAGCAUGUGGCUAUAAAAGUAGCUACAAAGCUUUUCUUGAGGAACCCAAAUGUUUUCUGCCCAAAAAGGUGUACUACUAUCCAACCAGUGCUUUGACAAUGGUAUGAUUGGUUAAUUUCGACCACUUGCAAUUGACUGGAAUGUUGGUGCCAAGAGCAUGAGCUUGUAGUGGCUUGGGUCUUUUGUUGUAUGCUUGUGUUGUACAUAACAUAUCAAAUUUCAGCUUUUUUUAGUUAUUUAUUUUAUUUUAUUUUUUAAUUUUUGUAAAGAGGGAACGUCAAUUCAAGUUGUAAAAUUUCAACGUGGACAGCUUGUAUCAAACUGCAUAAAGACCUCAGGAAAACCAGUAAUUCAUUUUGAUGCUCUUAGUGGAUGCAUUAUUUCUGGAGCAA